AUGAACGACUCUGAUUUGGGUCUGACUGCUUCCGUGUGGACCUCUGAUUUAGAAGUUGGUGAGGAAUUGGGCAAUCAACUUGAGGCCGGAACUGUCUUUGUCAACCGCUCUGAUUACCCCGAUCCACACCUUGCUUGGACUGGAUUCAAGAAUAGUGGUCGUGGAGUGUCUCUUGGUCCCUUUGGUUUCACCUUUUUCACAAAACUCAAGUCGCAUCAUAUCAAGGCUUUGUAA